CUGGCUACGAGGUGCCCAGGAGGGGAGCUGGGGAGACAGGGCGCAGGAGGGCACAGGAUGUCCACACAGAAAGCUGUGCGGCUGUCCCUGAAGAAGCCCACCUACGCAGUGUGUGUGGUGGGCGUCAAGACGUAUGUGGAUGUUCGCAGCGAUGUGCCGAAGGGCGCCAAGACCUUUGGGGUUUCUGGGAGCUCCGGGGUAGAGAUCUUUAUGGUCCACGACCCGGCAAGAGUGACAGAGCCUACAGGCAAGUCCCACUGGCCCCUGGAUGCCAACGUGGAUGUGACUGUAUCCGUGGACACAGCCAGUAAAGACUUAAAUGAUCUCAAGGUGAAGGUCUCCUACUUCGGGCAGGGUGAGGACAGUGCCCUGGGCCACAGCGAGCUCUACCUCACGGGCGUCGACAUCUCCCUCGAUGUGGACACAGGCCGCCAGGGCAAGGUAAAGAGGAGCCGAGGUGACAAGAAAACCUGGCGCUGGGGCCCUGAGGGCUAUGGGGCUAUCCUGCUGGUGAAUUGUGACAGGGAUAGUCCCAGGUCCAGCGGGCUUGACCUUGCCAGCAUCCAGCUGACGUCACUGGAUGACCUGAAGGACAUGUCCCCAAUGGUGCUGACCUGCGACGGCCCCGACAAGCUCUUUGACAACCACAAGCUGGUCAUGAAAAUGCCGUUUUCUGAUUCCAGAAGAGUGGGGGUCUUCUGUGCUCGGGGUGGGAAUUCCCUCUCAAACUACAAGCAGGUGCUGGGCCCCCAGCAUCUGUUCUACGAAGUCGAGCGGCAGCCAGGGGAGCGCAAGAUCAGCUUCUACGUGGAGGGGCUCGCCUUCCCCGACGCUGAUUUCUCGGGGCUGGUCUCUCUCAGCAUCAAUUUGGUGGACAAGGCGACCCUGCUCGAGGUACUCAUCUUCACAGACACUGUGGUCUUCCGCGUGGCCCCCUGGAUCAUGACCCCCAACACCCAGCUGCCCCUGGAGCUGUAUGUGUGCAGCGUGAGAGACCCUCACAGUUCGAAUGAGAAAUUUCUGAGGGACUUGUCUGACCUGGUGUUGAAAGCCAACUGCAAGAUGAUCACCUGCCCUUGGAAUGAAAAUCAAAAUGACCGCUGGAUACAGGACGAGAUAGAAUUUGGCUAUGUGGAGGCGCCUCACAAGUCCUUCCCAGUGGUCUUCGACUCCCCCCGAGACAGAGGGCUGAAGGACUUCUAUAAGAAGAUCUUGGGUCCCGAUUUUGGAUACGUAACCAAGGAAAUCCUGCUCGCUGGCGCCUCCGGCCUUGACUCCUUCGGCAACCUGGACGUCAGCCCACCGGUGACGGUGGGCGGCAAGGAGUACCCCCUGGGCCGGAUCCUCAUUGGCAGCAGCUUCCCCAAGUCAGGUGGGCGGCGAAUGGCCAAGGUGGUGUGUGACUUCCUGAAGGCACAGCAGGUCCAGGCGCCUGUGGAGCUCUACUCGGACUGGCUCUCUGUGGGGCACGUGGAUGAGUUCCUGAGCUUUGUACCCACCUCCGACCAAAAGGGUUUCCGGCUGCUCCUGGCGAGCCCCAGGGUUUGCCUUAAACUGUUCCAAGAGAAGAAAGAGGAGGGCCAUGGGGAGGCAGCCCAGUUUGACGGGGUAGAGCACCAGGUGAAGAGAAGCAUUAACGAAAUGCUGGCAGACAGACGCCUCCAGAGAGACAGUCUCCAUGUACAGAGCUGCAUCGACUGGAACCGGGAGGUGCUGAAGCGGGAGCUGGGCCUGACGGAGCGGGACAUCGUGGACGUCCCCCAGCUCUUCUACCGGCAGGGCUCCUACGCAGAAGCCUUUUUCCCCAACAUGGUCAAUAUGGUGGUGCUGGGCAAGCACCUGGGCAUCCCCAAGCCCUUCGGGCCCAUCAUCCACGGCCGCUGCUGCCUGGAGGAGAAGGUGCGGGCCCUGCUGGAGCCGCUGGGCCUCCACUGCACCUUCAUCGACGACUUCUUGUCCUACCACAAGCUGCUCGGGGAGGUCCACUGCGGGACCAAUGUGCGCAGGCAGCCCUUCUCCUUCAAGUGGUGGCACAUGGUGCCCUGAGCCUGUCCCCCACUGGCGUCCUCUCUGCCCACCUGUCGGGAACCCCGCCAGAGUGAGAGCAAGGAACCUCUUCCUGGCCUCCAUCCUCUUGGGGGAGGCUUGGGCACCUCCCCAAGUGCCUGAAAACGUGCUGGCCACUGUGGGCACUGGGACACAGGGAUGGACACCACACAGCCUCACCUCUGGAGUGGCCUAUGCAGCCCAAGAAGGUCCAGCCUCAUUCUUUCCUCUCCUCCUCUCCGUCCACAAUGCCCAGAAGUUCUGCAGAAGAUCAACAGCUCUAGCAUGUUCAAGGAUGGUCACGCGUGGCCUCCUGGGAUGGAUCCCCCUGUGUCCUGGCAGGCCCUUUGUGUUGGCACCAGGAAUGGGACCCAGGGAGCCUGGGCUCUUGUGUGAGGGCCCUGGAUCCCUCAUACCAGAGCCACCUGUGGCUCCUGUAAGACCAGGAAGGGGUCUCCCCCCGAGGUUCCUUCUUCCCUCCUGGCUACCUUCUCCUGCGGGGCACCCCCAGGCUGGGACUCCCAGAACCCUCAGCCACGUUUACAUGGGUAAAUAAGGACAGGGGAACCCCGCUUCAGAGGGACUGCUUUGAAAAGAAAAAAAGCCACAAAAUCCCUUUAAUACCCGACUCUGUCCUCAGAAGGGUGCUUGUUAUCUGUUUGGAAAGCCUUUAAUUACGAGCGCUGACUACUUCCAGCUCCAAGAGGCUACAAAGCCGAAGCAAGGCCUGGGAGGACAGCAAAGGAAGGAGGGCCCAGCAGGAGCAGGGACGCCAGGAUGGCAGAGGAGGCCGGGGCCUGGCUUCUGCAUCUUAGGGCUCCUGGGCCUUGGAUUCUGUCCCCUGGAUGUGAAAGCAGCUGGCUGUUCCAGAUGUGGCAGGGGGUGGGGGCCCAGAUGUUAGAAGAGGGUGGAGGGCUAUUAUCUCUGCAGGUGAGGUUUAAUUUCCUUUAAUAGUCUGUAAUUAUUCCCCUUCCUUCUGCAGGCGGUGGGAGGGGAAGGUUCACCUGGUCUCUCUCAGCAACCCAAGACCUGGAGUAUAGCUUGGGUUUCACCUGUGAGCAAACCCCCGUGACAGCCCUGUGUCCCUUCCCAGAGAAGGGAAGAUAGAGCCGCCACAGGGUUUGGUAGUCCAGCCCCGGGGGAGGUCACCGGGAUGUGCACGGGCAGGCAGGCUUGGCCAGUGCAGGGUGAGAGGUGGCCCUUGCCUCAGACAGGUGUGGGCAGCAGGGAGCAGGCCUGUCCUCUUUCUCCCACUGCUUGUGGGGGCCUUCACCUUCUGGGUUUUCAGUGGCCCCUGGAGAGACCAGAUUGAGCCGGCUGCUGUUUCACUCUGCUGGAACACUUAGUAAUCAGAUGCUUACAUGUAAACCCAACCUAGAAAACCAAUCAGAAUGGAACUGCUCUGGUGUAAGGUGACGAGGGCAGUGUACCUGAAUCCUCCCCUUCCAGAAGGCUCUGUGGAACCCCACUUGCAAGCCCCUGGUCUAGCUGCUCACUUCGUGGUCAUAAUCAGGAGGAAACCUAGACUGAGUCAAGAAGAGGAGGAAGAUCUUCAGGGGCCGAGGGCGUGCGGCUGGGGUUGGGACUCCCCAGGGACAGGGCAGAGAGGGGAGGGGGCAUCGCAGAGCGAUGGGGAGGGUGGGGCGCAAGUCUUCUCAAGUGGCAGGAAGUGCUGGCAUUGCUGGAAUUGCUGCUGGGGCUGUUGGGGGACCCUGAUGUCCCCUCUGACAAUGUUCUGGGUGACUGGUCACCUUUCCGAUGAAUAUAAAUGUCAACAUGCAUUUCUUCAA